AUGUAUAUAUGAUUGGAUUUUUCAUAAGGUUGGUAUGGGAGCACAUGAACUAUGAAGAUUUAAGGAAAUUGGUAAGUUUUUGUGGAAUAAACUGCGCUGUAAGUCCUUAAACGAGGAUUCCAAUUUACUUCCUUUGUCGACGCCGUGAAUGCCAAGUCGUCGGCGGUCUUUACCCACCCAUUUUUACGAAAAUAGCCCGAAGUUUCAAUGGAAAAUUUCAAAAUACCUCUCGUCUCAUAUUCUACUCGGUCUACCCACGACACGCGGCAUUGAAAAUGUAUAUAAAAGCAUGGCUUCAGAAAGGAUACAUAUUCAGAAGCUCAUUCCCCAGGUACUUUGUUUCGAGUUCUUGCUCUUCCUAAUCUCUUCUUCUCCUCCUCCUUGAUUUCACUUUUACGUCGAAGACAUUUAGAAAGACUUGUUAGCAUCUUCGUCGCAUAUAAACUUGCAUCGUUAAAGCAUGGAAAAUGUGUUCAAUCACUUUGACGAAAACAGAGACGGGAGGAUUUCACCCUCCGAGCUGCAGCAAUGUGUGGUGGCAAUAGGUGGGGAGCUUUCGCUGGCGGAGGCAGAGACUGUGGUAGAGUUGCUUGACUCGGACGGCGAUGGCUUGCUGGAGUUGGAGGACUUCGUGAGGUUGACUGAAGGAGGGGAAGAGGAAGAAAAGGUGAAAGAUUUGAGGGAGGCGUUUAAGAUGUAUGAGAUGGAUGGUUGUGGGUGUAUAACCCCCAAGAGUCUUAAGAGGAUGCUCAGUAGACUGGGUGAAUCCAAGAGUCUUGAUGAGUGUGAGUUCAUGAUUGCUCAAUUUGAUCUCAACGGUGAUGGGGUCAUCAACUUCGAUGAAUUUAGGUCCAUGAUGACUUGAUUCUUCGCCCUUUCACUUGUUUAUGUGGCGUAUUGAUUAUUCUAUUCAUGGAUGCCGUAUCUGGCUUAUUUCAUUCAAUUUCUCACCAUUAAAUGAUCUCACUUUUAAGUUCAAA